AUGAAUUCCUCCGCGAAGGAGCAGGCUAUGAGCCUGCUUUCUCUCCCUGUCCUAGGAUUUGCUUUGGUUGGGUUGAUUAUCAGCAAAAUCAUUUACUCAUUCUUUUUUCACCCUCUACGACACAUCCCGGGCCCGGCGCUCGCAAAAGUAACCGAUAUAUGGCACCUAUAUCAUUGCUGGGGUGGGAAACGGCACCACGUCUUGGUGGCACUUCACAAAAAAUACGGUAUUAAUAUUUCCUUAUACAAAGGCAAACACGGUUUCGAAAAAGGGCCUUUUGUUCGAGUUGGACCUAAUACUGUUUCAACCAAUUCAUCGAAUGCAAUUCCUGCUAUUUAUUCUGCCAACGCACCGGCAUUGAAGUCUCCGUUUUACGAAGCUUUUGCACCUGGCAUGCCUAGUAGCUUCACGACAAAUGACAAGAUCUACAGACAAAAGAAGCAAAUCUUGUCGGCAGCCUUUGCACCUCGCAAGUUGGAAGCCAUGGAACCGUUGAUUCGUCUCCAUAUCGAUACAUUCUGUGAGACAAUUGCAGCAGCUGGAAAGACCGACAUUGCCGCAAUGCUUGGUGCUCUUUCUAUUGAUGUCCUCUCUGAUCUAUGCUUCGGAAAAUGUUUCGACACUUUGAAAAAUGAGCCAGAACGAGAUCGUAUUUUGGAGGCCAUGGAAAAGGCGGUUGAAUUGGUUAUUAGAGAAGGAACUAUGCAUAAAUGGCCACGUGCUGUUUGGAAGGUUCUUCAUUCAAAGGAAAAGAUGAUCAAACGGGGCUAUGUCUACCAGCCGCGAAAAAAGAGAGCAGCCGGAGCAAUGAUGGAACAAAUGAACCGAAAAUCCGAACGUGAGGAUUUCUUCACCAAUAUUCUCCAGGCUCGUCGACCGGAUAACGGACAGCCGUACGAAAUGCCAGAAUUGAUGGGUGAAUCAAUUCUUCUCCUGUUCGUUCACACUGUCUAUAUUAUCAACUAUAUUAUACCCAGACUAAUAAACUCGUACAGUGUUGCAGGGUCUGAUACCACAUCUACAGCCUUGACUGUGAUCAUCUGGCAUCUACUCGCGAAUCCGAAGACGAUGGAGAAGUUGACAGCUGAAAUCCGUGCCAAUUUUGACUCCGCAGACGCGAUUAAGUACCAGGCCCUCCAGGGCCUGCCUUAUUUGCAUGCAGUCAUUGAGGAAGGUUUGAGAAUUUGUCCACCAAAUCCGGGGUUGAUUCCACGCGUGGUUGUCGACCGAGCCCCAGGCCAUUUGGCCAUUGACGGCCGUAUUUUCCCUCCUGGUACCGAAAUCGGAGUUUGCAAUUUCUCUCUUCAUCACAAUCCUCUGUAUUUCGAUGAUCCGGAUUCCUUUAUUCCGGAACGUUGGAUGCCAAACUCUGAUAUUAAGUGCGACAAAGCUGCAUUCGCUCCAUUCUCCUAUGGUCCUAGGUCCUGUCUGGGCCGAAACAUGGCAUAUAUGGAAAUGAGUCUGACCUUGGCUCUACUUGUAUUCCGAUUGAAGUUAUCAUUUGGGAAUCAUGAAAAGGAGAUGCUGGCUGGAUUCGAUGUUGAUGAUGCCUUUGUUGCUAUCAAACCGUCCGUUCCAGUGAACGUAACAAAGGUCUGA